UCACGUGACCACAAACGUCAACAAAGAAAUGGCAGCCUCCUGUUUUGUAUAUUAACACAAGGUUCAGGCUGGUACAGAAGCGCAUCGUUUGUUAGCCCAAUAAUCACAGUUCUAGGAGGAAACCACCGGACUCAGCCAUGUCUCCAAAGAUCACAGGAGAGCUGCUCAGGCAACUUCGGCAGGCGAUGAGAAAUUCUAAAUACUUCUCUGAGCCCAUACAGGCCUACAUCGUCCCUUCUGGAGAUGCACACCAGAGUGAAUACAUUGCACCGAGUGACUGCAGACGUGAAUUUAUCUGCGGAUUUAAUGGCUCUGCAGGUACAGCCAUCGUCACAGAGCAACACGCUGCAAUGUGGACUGAUGGGAGAUAUUUCCUCCAGGCCAGUCAGCAGAUGGACAACAACUGGAGCCUCAUGAAGAUGGGGCUGAAGGAGACACCCUCUCAGGAGGACUGGCUGAUCAGCAUCCUGCCAGAGAACUCCAAAGUGGGAGUAGAUCCGUGGAUCAUCGCUGCUGGUACGUCUCAUGUUCCUCUCAGUGCACUGGAUCAACUUAAGUCUCUGGUGAGCAGAUCCCUGAAGUCGAUGGUGAUGGAGAUCCAGUACUGGCUGAGGAGGGCGUCUCUGCUUUUUGUGGACCUUAAGCGUCUUUCUGUUCCCGCUUUGAGAGACCACCUGCAGCUGGACUCCCCCUGCAAGCCCGAGAUGAGCGUCCACACGUACCCGUACGAGUCGGUGUACUCUGAGCUGCAGGCCAUCUGCGCGGCACACAGCCCCAAGGACAAAGUGUGGAUCAGCGACAAGGCCAGCUGUGCUCUCACACAGGUCAUCCCCAAGAUCCACAGGACUCCGAUUCCCUACACUCCCCUCUGCCUCGCCAAAGCUGUGAAGAACGCCACUGAGAUUCAAGGCAUGAAAAUGGCCCAUAUCAAGGAUGCAGCUGCCUUAUGUGAACUCUUUGCUUGGUUGGAAAAGGAGAUUCCAAAAGCCACGGUGACGGAGAUCUCUGCUGCCGACAAGGCUGAAGAAUUACGCAGUCAACAGAAAGAUUUUGUUGGCCUCAGUUUCCCAACAAUUUCCAGCGUCGGCCCCAACGGAGCCAUCAUACAUUACAGACCCCUGCCUGAAACCAACAGAACUCUCUCCUUGAAUGAAGUUUACCUCAUCGACUCUGGAGCUCAAUAUGUCGAUGGGACCACUGACGUCACACGCACCGUGCACUUUGGGACACCAUCGGCUUACGAGAAGGAAUGCUUUACCUAUGUGCUGAAGGGACACAUAGCUGUCAGUGCUGCAGUUUUCCCCAACGGAACAAAAGGCCACCUGUUGGACUCAUUCGCCCGCGCAGCCCUGUGGGAGUCGGGGCUGGACUACCUUCACGGGACGGGCCACGGCGUCGGCUGCUUCCUGAACGUCCACGAGGGGCCGUGCGGCAUCAGCUACAAGACCUUUGCCGAUGAGCCGCUGCAGGCCGGCAUGAUCGUCAGUGAUGAACCUGGGUACUAUGAAGAUGGAGCUUUUGGCAUUCGUAUUGAAAAUGUUGUCCUUGUUGUACCAGCUAAGCCCAAAUACAACUACAGAAACAGGGGCAGCCUGACAUUUGAGCCCCUCACUCUGGUUCCCAUCCAAGUCAAGAUGAUGAACACUGAGCUGCUUACUCAGAAGGAGCGGGACUGGGUGAACGAGUACCACAGAAUCUGCCGGGAGGUGAUCGGAGCAGAGCUGGAGAGGCAGGACAGGAAGGGGGGGCUGGAGUGGCUCAUCAGAGAGACCCAGCCCAUCGCCUGAGUACGACUUUUCUGCAGUACCAUCCUUUUUGCCCUGGAGCAAAGAUGAUUAAUUGCUCUGCAGUGAUAAACGUUUGUAUUUUCUCAUCUUUCUCUGUGUCUCACACUUGGCUUCUUUUGUAAAGCACAUUGUAUCAGCAGUUUUAUUAAAGAUCAUUACAAAAUCAA